AAAAAAUAAACCCUUGGCACCAAAGCGUCGCGGGAAAAAAGAAACCCCCUCCCCCGUCACCCCAACACGUGACGCUGCUCCUUCUGCUCCUCCUCCACAAAAUCCCAGGAAACAGCCCAAGAGUAAGCGAUCCCCUCGGACCGAAGCUCCCGUGGAAAGCCUGGCUUUCUCCACAGAGCCUAGGAACUUUCCGAGGAUCCCUGCCCCAUCCCUUUCUGAGAUCCUCCAGUCCCUCCUCAUGACCCUUAACCUUCCGCAACCUUUGCAAUUGAUCGCUACUUGGGCCCUUCCUUACCUGAAGGGAAUGAUCAAGCAGUGGCUGGCUCAAUGGCCGUGCCUAAGCAUGAUGGUCCGAUUGGACGAUUAAUUCACCAAUGGCUACCUUCAUUCAGUGGAACUGUAGAAGUUUGCUCGGAAAACUAAACUCCUUUAAAGUACUAGUAGGCGAACACAAUUGCGAUUUGUUCGCUCUAUGUGAAACUUGGCUAUCGGACGACAUUACGCUAACCUUCCCGGGAUAUAACAUAAUCCGUGAAGAUCGAAUUACCAGGGGUGGGGGGGUAUUGAUUGGUAUAAGGAAGAGUCACACCUUCUCCAGAGUACCAACCCCUAGACAAGAAAUAAUGGAAACUGUCGCAAUACAGGCCAAAAUAGGCGACCUUCACGUGACAAUUCCAUCCGUUUAUAUCCCUCCGAUAGCCAACAAUGAAAAAGAAAAAAUUGAAAAGUUCAAAGAGGAUCUUGGAAAUUUAGCAGUGGUCUUGCCUGGUCCGCUUUUAAUCCUGGGAGAUUUUAACUCCCAUGGAGUAGAAUGGGGGGGCGUUAAGGAUGAUAUCCGCGCUCCCAUUAUCCGAGAUUUCUGCGACAGGUACAAAUUUUCAAUUCUGAACUCAGGAGAGGCAACUAGGAUGUCGACGCCAAAAAGUAGGGAAAGUGCACUGGACUUGUCUCUAUGUCCAUCAGCUAUGGCCCUGGAUUUUAGCUGGAAGGUGAUUCAGGACCCUAUUGGCAGUGAUCACUUGCCGAUAGAAAUCUCUUACAACAAGGGAGGAUGUUCAGUUGAUGGGAUCCCCGUUAAAUGUGACUUAACGAGGAACAUCGACUGGACGAGAUACGGUGAAUUAGUAGCCGCUUCGCUUUCUCUUGCUACUUAUUAUUCAACUCCUGUAAAUGAGUAUAAAAAUCUUGUUGCAGUCAUAAACAAGUGUGCCCUUGAAGCCCAAACAAGGCGCUCCCACCAAGCAAGGACAUUUAAAAAGCCACCCACUCCUUGGUGGGACAAGGAUUGCCAAGCGGCUUUCAAUAAGAAGCGGGAGGCGUAUAAAGCCUUCCGGGACACGGGCUCGAGGCCUUUAUAUGAAAAAUAUAAGGGACAAGAGAGAGCGUGUAAAAACCUGUUGAAGGCGAAGAAAAAGGGUUAUUGGCGCAGAUACGUCAACAAUCUAGAUCCUUCCACUUCCUUAAAUUCGCUUUGGAAAAUGGCUAGAAGGAUGCGAAACAGCAACAACAUUAACGAGAGCGAAAGUUUUUCCGGCGAAUGGCUUAUUGAAUUCGCACACAAACUAUGUCCCGACUUCGUUCCAGCGCAGAAUUUCAUUCAAGAUGCGCCUGGCAGUGACCCAAUGUAG